UAGUACGAUUUCCCACUAGUUACCACAGCUACAAAGUCGGUAUAUUGGCUGUCGUAAAAUUGUAUGAAAACCCUGCUUUUUGGGGUAAAUGUACGGUUAGGCAUAAUGCUAGCCGUGUGAUUAGGCUAAUCUUUAAAACCAGGUUUUAAGAAGAUACAUUGUAGAAAUAGACGGGGUUAGUCAUAAUUAUGACUUUGUGGCUACUCGUGACAACCACGUCCCUUCCAUGAUUAUCAACGUUACUGUUGCUGGCUACAUCAAAUAACAUAUCGUCAGAUAACGUGAACAUUCAUUAUACUGUCAAGAUGACUGCUUAUAAACGUCCGCUGAUGGGAACUGUCCCAUGAGGAACAGGCUAAUCAGCGCUAAGGACAGAGCGAGGCACAUUAACUUCCUGACAACAACAAGAUGAGGAUUUCAAAGCGUUGUGGCUCCAACAGACGUUUGUUGUUGCCCUUGAUGGUCCUUGGGUUGAUGAUCUUACUGGCAGUUGUAACCCUUAAUUGGUUUGAGACUGAAUCACAGAUGCCUUUGGCAUGGCACGUGGAUCCCAACCACCGAAAGCUUGUGCACUCUUUUGUACGGGGUGUUCUUUCGAACCAGUGCAGACCAGCCUUUGCCAGAAAGGGAGUAGAAGCAAGGCUCCAGAGCUCUAGUCAUGUGACUGAUCCUUUCCUGUGGCGGGACACACUGCUGACUCGAGAGAUGUUCAAGUACCCCCCACCAUUCGGGUUCCGUGACAUGCAUGGCAAACUGAAGGAUGUCCUCAACCUCCUCCCUGCUCAACCAGAGCAGCUGAAGAAAGAGUGCAGACGCUGUGUGGUCUUGGGAAAUGGAGGAAUCCUCCGUGGCCUUGAGCUGGGCGCCCUGCUUGACCAGUUUGAUGUUGUCAUUAGGCUCAAUAGUGGUCCUUUGAGGAACUACAGUAAAGACGUGGGGAACCGGACCUCUAUCCGGAUGAGCUACCCAGAGGGAAGCCCCAAGGUCUGGGAAGAUGUGGACCCUGAGCUGCAGUUUGUGGCGGUGGUCUACAAGGCUGUAGACUUCAAGUGGAUCAGAGCAAUGAUCAACAAACAGAGAGUUUCCCUUUGGGACUGGCUGUUCUUCUGGCAGAAGGUGCCAGAGAAGAUUCCAGUAGACUUAUCAAAGUUCCGUUUGUUGAAUCUGGAGAUCAUCAGGCAGAUGGCGAUGGACCUGUUAGCCUACUCCUCCCCACAGAAACGCCUCUGGGGCUGGGACCAGAACGUGCCCACCAUGGGCAUCUCAGCCCUCAACCUGGCCACCUACCUGUGUGACGAGGUCAGCCUAGCAGGCUUUGGUUACAACCUCAGCCAGAAGGAGACGCCCCUGCAUUACUAUGACAAUAUACCCAUGACCGCUAUGCUGGGGCAGAACAUGCACAACGUGGACCGUGAAAGGGCUCUCCUCCAGAGCCUGGUGAGGGAAGGGACUGUAUCAGACCUCACAGGGGGCCUGCACUGCACCUUCUGCCCCAGCUGAAAGAGACUGAUCUGGGCCCGCAGCGCAGCUAGCGACACACCAACGAUCUACCUUCCACUGACUUAUCAUUCCAAUACUUUUCACCCUGGAAUUCAAAAAGUUGAUUUGAGUCUAUGGAUCUGGGGACUUGACUGCAAACUCUUUUAUGUUCUAGUGCAUGCCAGCAUAUUGAAUCUGCAUGGACUACAUGUGCUGACAUGAUGGGGAACAGUGAAGCUGUACACUUCUCCCCUGCACAGUUGAAAACGACAAGCCUAAAUCCUUCUAUAAGGGAAGUAUUAUCACUGCUAAACUUAAAUGUUUUUUGUAUUUAUUAAGAGAUAAUGUAUAAUUACUUAAUUAAAUCUUAGCAUAAAGUUGAUGCUAAAAAGUGUACAAACAUUACCAUAAAUAUUGUGAAUAAUGAACAGAUGGACUAACAACAGAUAAUUAACAUUACCCUUUUUAUGCUUUCGAUUUUAAGUUGAAUGUUUAGUUUGUCCACAAGAUGUCUGAAUUUGGUUGUGUUUUUACAUUUUUCUAAUGUAAUUAUUAGAUUGUUUUUAUUAUAAUAAUGUAUGUUCUCAAUGCUUGACUUGGACUAAGAUGGGAGCCGGUACUAAUUAUAUUUACAGUGGGGCAAAAAAGUAUUUAGUCAGUCACCAAUUGUGCAAGUUCUCCCACUUAAAAAGAUGAGAGGCCUGUAAUUUUCAUAGGUACACUUCAACUUUGACAGACAAAAUGAGGGGAAAAAAUCCAGAAAAUCACAUUGUAGGAUUUUUAAUUCAUUUAUUUGCAAAUUAUGGUGGAAAAUAAGUAUUUGCCCUCUCACUCUUUGGCACAAAGAGAAGAUUCAAAUGGGAGGCAGGCCUACACACAACCUAUAUAUGUAUGUGCCAUUUGCUAAAUAUUUUUAUAAUUUAAUUAUCAGUCACCGUUUUUCUUUUAUUCCAGGCUUUAUUAAAGAAUUCCACAAAUGGAAAUACACAAUGGACAGUUUCUCCUCAUGGCUGAGCCACAUAAUGCCAGGGUAUAUCUGGUGGGCUUUCUCCUCAUGGCUGAGCCACAUAAUGCCAGGGUAUAUCUGGUGGGCUUUCUGGAAUAAGGACACGUGCAUAACGUGGUAGAAAGGGCCAUAGGAUCAUAUUAAUAGAAUUCUCUAUUUCAUUGAAGUCACAAUAGUUACAUGGUGUUUCCUCUUCCAUUUCACCACAAUACCGACCUGUUUCAAUACACAGAGACAAUAUCCCUGAUCUUACCUAUUUCAAUACGCGGAGGCAAUAUCCCUAAUCUUACAUAGCGAUCUCUUGCUUUUCGGGAGGUUGUACAUUAUAUUUCUUACACAGAAAUUCCCCAUUAAUGAAAAGGUUUAUGAUUAAUCUCCUCCACUUAUUUAUUUUCAUAUUGCAUCAUCAGUUGUGUUUUAAUAGCGUCUAUGUCUCACUUCAUUUGGUUUUCGUACAACUGUUCACAGUCAGACUGUUGGAAAAUGUCAGACAUUUCAGUUGUCCAGGCUCCCCCUAUGGAGAGAUCCCAUUGAAAAACGCUGCUGGCAAUUGGCAUAUCCAACAGUCUAUUCCAAAGUCUCACCAUACACGCCUACCAUCUCACCUCACAGGAAUCCCAGCCCAUGUCCCAGUUAUUUCCAGUAUAGGUGCAAACUUGUGGAGACCUAAAAAAAUAACGUACUGCUCUGUUAUGGACGUGUUCAUUUUUGAGACACCUCUUAGCACCCCACACUCCUGCUGAAUAAUCCAAGACAGGACACACGCAUGUCUGAUACAGUUUGGAAUACGUAGCAUAACCAAUAUCUUUGAGUGGUUUUGUUUUUCCUAGAACUCCCCCAGGAGCUCUACUUGCUGAGUCGGCCCGGGCAGAUGUGCCGUAUAGAGAGGUCAUAUGUUCAUCAAAAUAAAGACCAAAUAUUUAGAAUUGCUAGUAACCUUGCAUUUAUUCACCAAAACACACCUGAAAAACACUUCUCUUGGUACCAGGUUUUCUAAAAUGCAAUAUCUGUAUGUUUUUCUGAUUGAUCAUGCAUCUCCAUCUUUUGCAACAAUUGACUGUACAUAAUACCUUUUUCUGUAGGUCUUGUUCAGUUUCUGCCAUUAAAAUAAUAUCAUCAGCA